AUGGAAACAAUUGACAAUUGUGAUGACCCAUUAGCAUCCCUGCUCUCUCCAAUGGCUUUUUCCAGUUCUUCAGACCUCGCUGGUACUCACAGCCCAGCUCAACUCAACCGAAGAGUUGGAACUGGUGGUUGGUCCCCAGCAGAUUCCAAUGCUCAACAGUGGCUCCAGAUGGACCUGGGAAACAGAGUGGAGAUUACAGCAGUGGCCACGCAGGGCAGAUAUGGAAGCUCUGACUGGGUGACAAGUUACAGCCUGAUGUUCAGUGACACAGGACGCAACUGGAAACAGUACAAGCAAGAAGACAGCAUCUGGACCUUUGCAGGAAACAUGAAUGCUGACAGCGUGAUGCACCAUAAGUUACUGCACUCAGUGAGAGCCCGCUUCAUUCGCUUCGUGCCCCUGGAAUGGAAUCCAAGUGGAAAGAUUGGCAUGAGGGUGGAGGUCUACGGAUGCUCCUAUAAGUCAGAUGUCGCUGACUUUGAUGGCCGAAGCUCCCUUCUGUACAGGUUCAAUCAGAAGCUGAUGAGCACUCUCAAAGAUGUGAUCUCUCUGAAAUUCAAGAGCAUGCAAGGAGAUGGGGUCCUGUUCCAUGGAGAAGGUCAACGUGGAGACCACAUCACUCUGGAGCUCCAGAAGGGGAGGCUCGCCCUACACCUCAACUUGGAUGACAGCAAACCUCGGCUCAGUAGCAGCCCACCCUCGGCCACCCUUGGCAGUCUGCUGGAUGACCAGCACUGGCACUCAGUCCUUAUUGAGCGGGUUGGCAAGCAGGUGAACUUCACGGUGGACAAGCACACGCAGCAUUUCCGCACCAAGGGUGAGGCCGAUGCCCUAGACAUCGACUAUGAGCUUAGUUUUGGAGGAAUUCCAGUACCAGGAAAACCUGGAACCUUUUUAAAGAAAAACUUCCACGGAUGUAUUGAAAACCUUUACUACAACGGAGUAAACAUAAUUGACCUGGCUAAAAGACGAAAGCAUCAGAUCUACACAGUGGGCAAUGUCACUUUUUCCUGCUCCGAACCACAAAUUGUUCCCAUCACAUUUGUCAACUCCAGCAGCAGUUAUUUGCUGCUGCCCGGCACCCCCCAAAUUGAUGGGCUCUCAGUGAGUUUCCAGUUUCGAACAUGGAACAAGGAUGGUCUGCUUCUGUCCACAGAGCUGUCUGAGGGCUCGGGGACCCUGCUGCUGAGCCUGGAGGGUGGAACCGUGAGACUCGUGAUUCAGAAAAUGACAGAACGCACAGCUGAGAUCCUCACAGGCAGCAGCUUGAAUGAUGGCUUGUGGCAUUCAGUCAGCAUCACCGCCAGAAGGGACCGCAUCACUCUUACUCUGGAUAAUGAUGCAGCAUCCCCGGCCCAGGACACCACUCGCGUACAGAUUUAUUCUGGAAAUAGCUACUACUUUGGAGGGUGCCCCGACAAUCUCACCGAUUCCCAAUGUUUAAAUCCCAUUAAGGCUUUCCAAGGCUGCAUGAGGCUCAUCUUUAUUGAUAACCAGUCCAAGGACCUCAUUUCAGUUCAGCAAGGUUCCCUGGGGAAUUUUAGUGAUUUACACAUUGAUCUGUGUAGCAUCAAAGACAGGUGUUUGCCAAACUACUGUGAACAUGGAGGAGGCUGCUCCCAGUCCUGGACUAGCUUCUCCUGUAACUGCAGUAACACGGGUUACAGUGGCGCCACCUGCCAUAACUCCCUCUACGAGCAAUCCUGCGAGGUAUACAGGCACCAAGGGAACACGGCUGGUUUCUUCUACAUCGAUUCCGAUGGCAGCGGGCCGCUGGGACCCCUCCAAGUGUACUGCAACAUCACAGAGGACAAGAUUUGGACAUCAGUGCAGCACAACAACACAGAGCUGACCCGGGUGCGGGGCGCCGACCCAGAGAAGCCCUACACCAUGGCCUUGGAUUAUGGUGGCAGCAUGGAACAGCUGGAAGCCAUGAUUGAUGGCUCAGAGCACUGUGAGCAGGAGGUAGCCUACCACUGCAGAAGGUCCCGCCUGCUCAACACGCCAGAUGGAACACCAUUUACCUGGUGGAUUGGGCGGUCUAAUGAAAGGCACCCUUACUGGGGAGGUGCCCCUCCUGGGGUCCAGCAGUGUGAAUGUGGCCUGGAUGAGAGUUGCCUGGACAUUCGACACUUCUGCAAUUGCGAUGCUGACAAGGAUGAAUGGACAAAUGAUACUGGCUUUCUUUCCUUCAAAGACCACUUGCCUGUCACUCAGAUAGUUAUCACUGAUACCAACAGAUCAAACUCAGAAGCUGCUUGGAGAAUUGGUCCCUUGCGUUGCUAUGGUGACCGGCACUUCUGGAAUGCGGUAUCAUUUUACACAGAAGCCUCUUACCUCCACUUUCCCACCUUCCAUGCGGAGUUCAGUGCUGAUAUUUCCUUCUUUUUCAAAACCACGGCUUUAUCGGGAGUUUUCCUAGAAAACCUUGGCAUUAAAGACUUCAUCCGACUUGAAAUAAGCUCUCCGUCUGAGAUCACUUUUGCCAUUGAUGUUGGGAAUGGCCCUGUAGAGCUCAUAGUUCACUCUCCUUCUCUUCUGAAUGACAACCAAUGGCAUUAUGUCCGGGCUGAAAGGAACCUCAAGGAGACUUCACUCCAGGUGGACAGCCUCCCAAGGAUGACCAGGGAGACUUCGGAGGAGGGCCACUUCCGAUUGCAGCUGAACAGCCAGCUCUUUGUAGGGGGAACAUCAUCAAGACAGAAAGGCUUCCUAGGAUGCAUACGCUCAUUACACUUGAAUGGGCAGAAGUUGGACCUGGAGGAGAGGGCCAAGGUCACGUCUGGAGUCCGGCCGGGAUGCCCGGGCCAUUGUAGCACUUAUGGUAGCAUCUGCCACAACGGGGGCAAGUGCGUGGAGAAGUACAGUGGGUACUCGUGUGAUUGCACCAAUUCACCAUAUGAAGGGCCCUUUUGCAAAAAAGAGGUUUCUGCUGUUUUUGAGGCUGGCACUUCAGUUACUUAUAUGUUUCAAGAACCCUACCCGGUGACCAAAAAUAUAAGCCUCUCAUCCUCGGCGAUUUACACAGAUGCGGCUCCAUCCAAGGAAAAUAUUGCAUUUAGCUUUGUGACAGCUCAGGCGCCCAGCCUCUUGCUCUACAUCAAUUCAUCUUCUCAGGAUUCCCUGGCCGUCCUGCUCUGCAGGAAUGGAAGCUUACAGGUUCGCUAUCAGCUAAGCAAGGAAGAGACCCAUGUUUUCAAUAUGGAUGCAGAGAAUUUUGCCAACCGAAGGUUGCACCAUUUGAAGAUUAACCGGGAGGGAAGAGAGCUUACCAUUCAGGUAGAUCAGCACCUGCGACUCAGUUACAACUUUUCCCCAGAAGUCGAAUUCAGGGCCAUACGGUCACUCACCUUGGGCAAAGUCACAGAGCAUCUUGGAUUGGAUUCUGAAGUUGCCAAAGCAAACAUCAUGGGUUUUGUCGGAUGCCUGUCUUCAGUCCAAUACAACCAGGUAGCACCCCUGAAGGCAGCCCUGCGUCAUGCCACCAUCGCACCUGUGACUGUCCAAGGGACCCUGACAGAAUCCAGCUGUGGCUCUGUGGUGGAUGCGGAUGUGAAUGCAGUGACCACAGUGGACUCUUCAUCAGAUCCCUUUGGGAAGACAGAUGAGCGGGAACCGCUCACCAAUGCAGUUCGAAGUGACUCGGCCGUCAUUGGAGGAGUGAUAGCAGUGGUGAUAUUCAUCAUCUUCUCUAUCAUCGGCAUCAUGACCCGCUUCCUUUACCAGCAUAAGCAGUCACACCGCACUAACCAGAUGAAGGAGAAGGAAUACCCAGAAAAUUUGGACAGCUCCUUUAGAAAUGACAUUGACUUGCAAAACACAGUGAGCGAGUGUAAGCGGGAAUAUUUCAUCUGA